GCGCACGUUAGCAUCAAUCCUUACAUGCCCCACGCUUUGCAAUCUCCAUUCGACUUGAAAACCCUAGCAACAAACAGUUGGGAGCUUCAUUUACUUUCAUCAAAUCUCAGUAUUCUUUUCACGAUUUUUUACAAUUUUGAAAGGUUCAUGCGAAAUCAGGGUUCAUCAUCGCGGAUCGAUAUAUAUUCUUUUCCCCCUUUUUCCGUCUGUAAAAGAAGUGGUUCAUAAAUGGAUUACAAUCCAUCGGUUCGAUCAAGACGUCCUGUUCGUAACAAUAACAAUUACCAUGGCAAUAGUACUUACAAUGAGUAUGAAAAUGAUGAAUUUGAUGAAGAUAAUGAAGGUAUAAACCAGAGAUAUGGUUAUCAAGAAGAUGAAGAAGAAGAAGAUGAUGAGGAUGAAUAUCAACAUGGGUAUUAUAGGGUUUCUGGAGGUGGAAUUGAUACAGGGGAGUCUUCUAGGCGUCACCAAAAGAAGCGAAGAUUAGAUAAUUUGGUUUCGAAUUACGAAUUUGCUCCACGUGCUAGUGUUAAUGCUUCUAAAGAAGUUUAUGGUGGCGUUCCUGAUAGGUCAGGGGAUGAGUGGAGCGAAAAUGCGACAUAUGUGUUGUUAGAGGUUUGGGGGGACAGAUAUUUGCAGUUAGGGAGGAAGAGUUUGAGGGUAGAUGAUUGGGUUGAGGUUGCUGAGAAGGUUUCAGAGAUGUGCAAAAUGGAAAUUAAUGAAACUCAGUGUAGGAACAGGUUGGAGACUUUGAAAAAGAAGUAUAAGAAAGAGAAGGCGAAAAUGGAGGAUAUGGGAAUGGGGGGAAGAGGAGGAGAAGGGUAUCAUGGCAAGUGGGCGUUCUUCAAAAAGAUGGAUAUGCUGUUAUCUCCUAAGAAACAACACAAUGGUUUGCCUUGUGGGGUUGAUUCAGGGGAAUAUGUGUUUAUGAAUACCAAAGUUUAUUUAAAUCAAUCGAAUGCUUUGGAUGAGAUGAGGGAUAGUCCUGGGGAAUCAGAAUCUGAUGAAGAUGAUUCAGAUGACAGGAACGAUGAUGAUGGAUUUAGGUUACUGGCUGAGUCAGUUCAAAAUUUUGGGGAGAUUUAUGAGAAGAUUGAGGGUAGAAAGAGACAACAGAUGUUGGAGUUAGAGAAGAUGAGGAUGGAUUUUCAGAGAGAGUUGGAGCUGCAGAAGAAGCAGAUUCUUGAGAGGGCACAGGCUGAGAUUGCAAAAAUAAGGGAAGGGGAUGAUGAAGACAUUAAUUCUGUGGAGAAUCUAAGUGGAUAAGCAGCAGUGGCAGAGCAUCCUCAAAGGGUGGAUGGCAACUUAAGCAAUGGCUGCAGCAACUCAUUACAUAUCAAGUCUUCAUCCUCCUUCCUUCUUUUCCUCAUCUGGGAGGUUAGUUUUUUUUAGCUGUUUGUAUUUUGCCUUGAAGCUUUUUAUAUGUAUUGAAGUAAAGCAUAAUAAUGUUAUCUACAUUAUUAAUAAGCCUGAUCUGUUUCCUCCUUUUGCUCCUUUUCUU